AUGUUGCUAAGAGAGAAGAGUGAAGCGUUCGAUCGGUUCAAAAAGUUCAAGGAGUACGUGGAGAAUCAAAUGAAGCUACAACUCAAGACUUUUCGCACCGAUAGAGGAGGAGAGUUCACAUAUUCUGAGUUCAUUCGUUUUUGUGAAGAAAACGAUGUAACUAGACAUCUCACCGCAUCGUACACACUAUCAACAAACGUGGACGAAGAACCAGGAUCAUUCAAGCUUCCUCAUAUCGAUUUUACCGAAGAAGGAGAUGGUGAUGAGCAUCAAGAUCACCAACAACACGAAGAGCAAAACAAUAAUGAAGAAGAAGAAGCUGCAGACGCAGAUGAACAAGAGCAAGUAGUAGAGAAUAACGAUGCAAACCAAGACCCGCGUGUAACAUCAAGAUAUGGUCGUAACAUCAGAAAACCAAAGCGUUUCGAUGAUUACAUCCUACUCGCUGAAGUUGAAAGGACUUCACUCAACGUUAUCAAGCAAUUCAAAGAUGAUAUGUCAAGAAGUUUUGAGAUGUCAGACCUCGAGAUGCUUACAUACUAUCUUGGUAUAGAAGUAACACAAGGAGCUGAUGGCAUUCACAUCAAACAAGAAGGAUACACGCAAGGUAUACUUGUCAAGACGAAGAUGGAGUCAUGUAACUAUACUCACGAUCUGAUGCACACGAGUUUGAAAGUAUCAAAGGCAGAGGAGGAGCCUGAGAUUGAUGCAACAUCGUAUCGAAGCAUCAUAGGAUGUUUAAGAGUUCAAGAGAGAGUCAUAGAGAAGCAGUGA